CUCCCAUUCAGUACAAGCGUAGGCGAACCAAGAUGGCGGCGGUGGUGGAGAAUGUUGUCAAACUACUGGGAGAGCAGUACUACAGAGACGCUCUGGAGCAGUGCCAUAACUAUAACGCCCGUCUGUGCGCAGAGAGGAGUGUGAGGAUGCCCUUCCUCGACUCGCAGACCGGCGUCGCCCAGAGCAACUGCUACAUCUGGAUGGAGAAGAGACACAGAGGACCAGGUGUGGCUCCGGGGCAGUUAUACACGUACCCCGCCCGCCGCUGGAGGAAGAAGAGGAGAGCUCAUCCUCCAGAAGACCCUCGACUGGCUUUCCCCUCCCUGAAGACAGGUACUCUUCUGAAGACAGAAUUGGACCUGGGUCUGAAGAAGGACCUGCUCGGCACCAGCGAUGGCAGCAGCAGUCUGGAGGCCCUGCUCCGAGGAGAGCCGCUAGAGAAGAGAGCGGCGCUGGAGCUCAGAGCCAACGACGAGGAGCCCGCGCACAACGAGUACACGAGCGGAGGACUCAACCCUGCGACCAGAGCGAGGAAGAGAAUCGUGGAACCUGAUGACUUCUUGGAUGACCUUGACGAUGAAGAUUAUGAGGAAGACACACCGAAGAGACGCGGCAAAGGCAAGGGAAAGGGGCGGGGCGUGAGCAGCGCCCGCAAGAAGCUGGACGCAGCAGCCGCUCUCGAGGAUCGGGACAAACCUUACGCCUGCGACAACACUUUCAAACAAAAGCAUAUUUCAAAAUCUUCUGAACGAGUCUGUGGGAAACGCUACAAGAACAGGCCCGGUCUGAGCUACCAUUACACCCACUCUCAUUUAGCCGAGGAGGAAGGGGAGGAAAAGGAGGAGGUGGAGCUUCAAGAGCAGACUCCGCCCCCACCCGAGGAGCCCAAGACAGCCCCUAAGAAAGGUCCUGAUGGUUUGGCUCUGCCCAACAACUACUGCGAUUUCUGUCUGGGUGACUCCAACCUGAACCAGAAAACCGGCCAAUCAGAAGAGCUGGUGUCCUGCUCCGACUGCGGCCGCUCCGGUCAUCCCUCGUGUCUGCAGUUCACCCCGGUGAUGAUGGCGGCGGUGAAGACGUACCGCUGGCAGUGCAUCGAGUGCAAGUGCUGCAACAUGUGCGGCACGUCGGAGAACGACGACCAGCUACUCUUUUGCGAUGACUGUGACCGAGGCUAUCAUAUGUACUGCCUCACCCCGCCCAUGUCGGAGCCCCCUGAAGGAAGCUGGAGCUGCCAUUUGUGUUUGGACCUGCUGAAAGAGAAGGCGUCCAUAUACCAGAACCAGAACGCUCCGCCGUCGUGAUGGACCCGCCGCAGAACACUGAGCCCUGCGUUCUCGGUCCCCAGCUCUUUAGGUGGCCACUCGGCAAGUGAGAUAAGAGAUGAGAGAGAGAGAGAUGCUGGGGACCGGAAAAGGGAAACAUAGUGAACCUAUUUACCCAAGGAAAGGGAGGGAUGAAACGGAUAAACAGAACACGCAUCCCUCCUCUUUGGCAGGUUUAAUUCCAAUAUGACUGUUACACAGUUCCACGUUUUAAACUACCCACUGCUUUUUGUUUUCAACUAUUAAUCUGAAAAAUAAUACAUCAUAAUAAUAGGAAGAAUAGCGAUUAUAACUGACUGACUAAUCCAAACCCAAACUGUCCAUCAAUCCGCUUUGAGAAUAUACGCCUCUGCUCAUUAGUAAACGCGUCCUUCAGCUACUCGGAUCGUUCACCACACUAUCUGACAUCGUUAGAGACUACUCUUAGUACCGGUUACGUUUCUGGUCACCCAGUAAUAGUUGAAACCAAUCAGCAUGCUUGUUCGUAAUAAGACAAACGGUAGCGUGUUGGUUUUGUUUUUUUUUUGUUUGUUUGUUUUUUUUGUAUAUUUAUAUAUUUGUAAAGCAUAUAAAGGUGUGAUGUAUUUAAAAGUGAGAUUAUAAAAAAAAAAAAGAAAAAAGUGAUUGGUUAUUAUUUUAGCCUGUUUCUUUAUGUUGCAAGCCAGUGCCAUCGCUGCGUCUGCUUUGCCGCCAUCGCCAUCGUCGUCGCGGGGGAAGCGUCGACGAUCGUCCCUUAAGCUGGGCUUUUUUUUUUGUCGUCUUUAGUUCGUUAAAAAAAAAAACCACAACUUCCUCAAGGAUCUAAUACGAAAGUGAAAUGUAGCGUAUUAGCGUGUAAGAUGGCUCAGGAGACGUUUCGAUUGGCUUGUAAUCGACUUAAAAUGUCCCUUCACGCAAGAUUCGUGGAUUUUCGAGAAUAACGGCUCGUAUCUCAGGUUGGUUUCUCGUAGACGUUAGAUUUGUUGUCGGAACUAGCUAAUCCAGUACUGACGCACCGUUCAGCGCGACAUGCAAUAUGGCCAGGUUUUUUUUUUUCUUCUUCCCUUUUCUAAAAAUGGACAUAAAAAAAAAAUCGUGCACACGACGUUCUGUCUGUUCGGAUGAUGGUGUUAUUUGUCAAGACGGUUACUCUAGUCACUUCCAGCACCUGUCACUUUGACCGUAUCCUAGUGUCAUUUACAGUUAGAACUGUUUAAGCAUAUGCAUGUUUACCUGGUUCCGCCAGUCCAAUACACCUGCGCUUAUACUCGCCUCUUGUUGCACUCAAAAUAACAGUUUUUUUUUUUGUUGUUGUUGUUUGUUUUUUUGCGGGGCGGGGCUAGGGAGCAGUUUUGUAAUAUUUAGUUCUGCUGUUGUAUCAGUAGUCACCUAACCAUUGUUAACACAGUAAAUGACGAUAAAUUUUUGUUAGUUCAACUUUUGUUAGUUCAACUUUUAAAAAACAUAAUUUUUUAAACAGUGGCCAUUAAUUAUAAUUUUUUUUUUGUUAAUUAUUUGCCUGGUUGUUUUUAAGCAGUUUAAUUCAUGAUGGAAUGUUUUUUGUUUAUUUGUUGUUGUUUUUUUGCUUUGUGGUACAAAAUCCUGACUUCUUUUUCUCCAAGGAAAAUAAAACCUAUUUAGAACUAUUAUA